AAGGGGUGCGGUCAUCUGGCUGCAUCUGCUGAUUUUUCCUUUUCCAUAACAUUGUGCCUUUUUAUUUUUACCCUUUUCUCAUUUAUCCUCGUCGUUUGGGCUGGAAAAUUAAAAGAAAUAUUAAUAUUAAAAGAGUAUUGGAUUUUUAACUGACCAUCUUCUACAUCCUUCAAGAUGCAUGGACGCCUUAAGGUGCGAACUUCUGCCCAGGAGCAAGAAAUAAAACGGAAAGAACGAGAGCAGAAAGUAAAAAUUUACACGGCAGUUAUGGGGAAAAUAGUCAAAAAAAGAGAAGCUGGAGAGCUGGAUGACGAAAUGAUGUCACUUACAUCUCAAACGUUGGUUAGGAAUCCUGACAUUUACACUCUUUGGAACAUUCGCAGAGAAAUUUUCGUGGCUUACAAGAAAGAAAAAAAUGAUGAGGAAAUGGCACCUCUGGUUGAUAGCGAAGUUCGGCUGACGGAGAGCUGCCUGCAAGUGAAUCCAAAAUCUUACUGCGCCUGGCAUCAUCGUGGCUGGGUCCUUGAUCUGCACCCUUCACCAAACUGGAAGCGGGAACUGGCCCUCUGCACCAAGUUUCUAAUGAUGGAUGAGCGAAACUUCCACUGCUGGGACUAUCGGCGUCUAGCUGCUGAGAAAAGUGGUGUUUCUCCUAUUGAUGAAUUUAAUUUCUCGACUGAAAAGAUCAAUGACAACUUCUCCAACUACUCGGCUUGGCAUUAUCGAUCUAAACUGCUACCCUUGACGCACCCUGACGCUGCUGGCAAGGCUCUUAUUGAGCCAGAUAAACAUAGACAAGAGCUGGAGCUGGUGCAGAAUGCAGCGUUUACUGAUCCAAAUGAUACUAGUGCGUGGUUUUAUCAGCGCUGGCUUCUAGGGCGGGACUGCUCGGUUGCCCAAAAAGAGCCGCCACGGCCUUUGCUAGCGUGGCUCGGAACAUCAAGAGCUGUUGUCUCUUUUUCAAGUGCUGCUCCUUCACCACCAUUCCUACGUGUCAACGGUGCCAAUUUGUUAGGAAAAUGGCAAAAGGCCUCAAAAUUUGUUUGGACACUUUCCCUUAAUGUGGAAACUAUCGGUCAAGACUGUGUGAUAGAAGUUGUCACUGAAAGUGGAACACUUGUUCUGAAGCCUGAUUCAAUCGGUUUUGUGGCAAUUUGCCCCGAAAGCAAGCUUGAAGGUGAACAUGACCCAGUUGUCAUUGCUGAACUCAAAGGGCAGCUUGCUUGUUGUCGGCAAUUGCUAGAUUUGGAGCCUGACAGCAAAUGGACAUUACUGACGUUGGUUCUACUAAUGCAAGCUAUUGAUACUUCCCUUUAUCAUGGAGAGAUGAUGGAAUUCUUGGACAAACUGCUUCUUGUUGAUCCUCUGCGGGCUGGAUACUAUAGAGACUUAAGAAGCAAAUGUGUUCUUGAGUUCAAACUGUCUAUGAGCGAUUGGAGCUUUGGUGCUCAGAAAACACUAUCCCUGUCAGAUUGCCAUCUCUCCUCUCUAUACUUCUCCAACAGGCUUGCCCUUGUACAGGAAGUUGAUUUAUCAAAGAACGAACUUUUGGAUCAUUCAUUGCCAGCACUUGCUUCCCUUCAGUUGUGUGUUCGCCUUGAUCUGAGUCACAAUAAACUUGUAACUUUGGAAGGCUUUCCUCAUUUGCCAGCUUUAGUGUAUCUCAAUUUGUCAAGCAAUCCACUGACUGGUAAAUCAAAGGUUGUUGAACACAAUAUUAAAAAGGCUGAGCUCGCUGCUUUGAAAGAGCUGAUUUCUGAGGAUAAUACCUGUGGUGAUUUAAGCUAGUUUGUAACUUUUCGAAUAAAAAAAUAAACCAAUUUCACGGAUACUAUCAU